CUUGGUGGGUUUUCUCGGUAGAGGACUGGUUAUCAAUCAAAGGAACUCUCUCUCUCUCUCUCUCUCUCUCACUCACUCUCUCUCUCCUACUCUGCAUCGUGAAAGUCCAGCCUUUUAAUUUGCUCUGAAGGUCGGUUUUCUGAUCCAAAGACCCCUUGUUUUAGUUCCAGUUCAGGUGGGCAAAGAUGCAGGGUUUUCCAGAUAGAGGUGGAACUCCGGAUUUGGCCCAGCUUCAAUCCACCAUGCACGCAAUCGAGCUCGCGUGUACUUCCAUUCAGAUGCACAUGAACCCAGCUGCAGCUGAAGCAACUAUAUUGUCACUGUCCCAGUCUCGCCAGCCUUAUCAAGCUUGUAAAUUCAUCCUAGAAAAUUCUCAGGUGGCAAAUGCCAGGUUCCAGGCUGCAUCAGCAAUUCGAGAUGCAGCUAUUAGAGAAUGGGGUUAUCUUACUUCUGACGACAAGAUAAACUUGAUUAGUUUUUGUCUUGGUUUUGUUAUGCAACAUGCUAAUUCUCCUGAGGGCUAUGUCCAAGCGAAGGUCUCAUCUGUGGCUGCUCAAUUGUUGAAAAGGGGCUGGCUUGAUUUUACUACUGCUGAGAAGGAGGCAUUUUUUAAUCAGGUAAACCAAGCUGUUUCUGGCAUCCAUGGUGUAGAUGUGCAAUACACUGGAAUCAAUUUCCUGGAAUCUUUGGUAUCUGAAUUUUCUCUGUCUACAUCAAGUGCCAUGGGGCUUCCUAGAGAGUUUCAUGAGGAAUGCCGGAAAUCAUUAGAGAUGAACUAUCUGAAGACAUUCUACUGUUGGGCACGGGAUGCUGCUCUAAGCGUCACAAAUAGAAUCACCGAGUCUGACUCCGCAAUACCCGAGGUUAAAGCUUGUACUGCUGCACUCCGUCUCAUGGUUCAAAUAUUAAACUGGGAUUUUGUGUGCAAUAGCAGUGGCGGGGCAACUAGCACAAGCAUAUUCCAAGUUGGAGGUAGACAAGCUAGUGAUUCACCUAAGAGGUCAGAGUGCAACUUAGUGCAGCCUGGUCCUGCUUGGCGUGAUAUUUUGGUUACUAGUGGUCAUAUUGGAUGGCUCUUGAACUUGUAUUCAGCACUUAGACAGAAGUUUUCAUGUGAAGGUUACUGGUUGGACUGCCCUAUUGCCGUCUCUGCUCGGAAGUUAAUUGUACAGUUCUGUUCCUUGACAGGAACAAUAUUUCCUUCUGAUAAUGCCCAAAUGCAUGAGCACCAUCUGCUUCAACUGCUUUCUGGGAUAAUACAGUGGAUUGAUCCUCCUGAUGCUGUUUCAAAAGCUAUAGAAUCCGGAAAAAGUGAAAGUGAGAUGCUUGAUGGUUGUCGUACACUGUUGUCUAUUGCAACUGUUGCAACUCCCUCCAUAUUUGACCAGCUACUAAAAUCAAUAAGGCCCUUUGGUACUCUUACGCUCUUAUCCACUUUAAUGGGUGAAGUUGUUAAGAUCCUUAUGACUAAUAACUCUGAAGAGGAGGCAUGGAGCUGGGAGGCACGUGAUAUUUUACUAGAUGCCUGGACUGCCCUUCUUGUGCCUUUGGAUAGGAAUGGUGGGAAUGAAUUGCUUCUACCGGAAGGAAAAAAUGCUGCAGCCAAUCUCUUUGCUUUAAUUGUAGAGGCUGAACUAAAAGCUGCUGCUGCAUCAGCAUUCAAAGACGAUGCUGAUUCCGACUACCUUCAAGCUUCCAUUUCUGCCAUGGAUGAAAGGUUAAGCUCCUAUGCUCUUAUUGGAAGAGCAGCCAUUGAUGCCACAAUUCCUUUGCUGAGUAGACUAUUUUCUGAGCGCUUCACACGGCUUAAUCAGGGCAGGGGCAUUGUUGAUCUGACUGAAACUCUGGAAGAACUUUACUCAUUGUUAUUAAUUACCGGACAUGUAAUUGCUGAUGAAGGGGAAGGAGAAACACCCUUGGUUCCAAAUGCUGUACAAACUCAUUUUUCUUAUGUUGUGGAGGCAGACAAGCAUCCUGUUAUUAUUCUUUUUAGCUCAAUCAUAAGGUUUUCUGAGCAGAGUUUAGAUCCAGAAAUGAGGCAAUCAGUUUUCAGCCCUCGACUCAUGGAGUCUAUUAUAUGGUUCCUUGCAAGAUGGUCUUGUACAUAUCUUAUGCCUCCUGAAGAAAAUAGAGAUAUGAAUUCCAGAAAAGUGUUACUAGGCUUUUUUGGACAACAUAAUCAGGGAAAACCUGUGCUUGACAUUAUUGUACGCAUAUCCUUGACAGCAUUGGUUUCGUAUCCUGGAGAAAAGGAUCUGCAGGCACUCACUUGUUUCCAGCUACUUCAUACGCUUGUUCGGCAAAAACAUAUAUGUCUUCACAUUGUUGCACUAGAUUCAUGGCAUGACCUGGCAAAUGCUUUUGCUAAUGAAAAAUCUCUGUUGCUGUUAAAUACAGCUCACCAGCGCUCACUUGCACAAACACUUGUUCGUUCAGCUUCCGGCAUCAGAAAUUCAGAAUCAGCUAACCAGUAUGUAAGGGAUCUCAUGGGUCAUAUGGCACGAUAUCUUGUGGAAUUGUCAAGCAAGAGUGACUUCAAAGUUGUUGCUCAACGACCAGAUAUUAUCCUAUCGGUCAGCUGUCUGUUGGAGCGGCUUCGUGGAGCUUCUAGUGCCUCAGAACCUCGAACACAAAAGGCAAUUUAUGAGUUGGGCUUCUCUGUAAUGAACCCUGUUCUGGUUCUUCUGGAGGUUUAUAAACAUGAGUCUGCAGUUAUUUAUCUUCUACUCAAGUUUGUUGUUGCUUGGGUGGAUGGACAAAUAAGCUACCUGGAGGCUCAAGAGACUGCUGUAGUUGUUAAUUUCUGCAUGAGUUUGCUUCAACUUUACUCAUCACACAAUAUUGGCAAGAUAUCAUUAAGUCUAUCAAGCAGCUUACUUAGCGAAGCUAAGACUGAGAAGUAUAAGGAUUUACGUGCUCUUCUCCAACUCCUUUCUAAUCUUUGUUCAAAAGAUCUGGUUGAUUUUUCAUCAGAAUCUAUUGAUACACAGGGCACAAAUAUAUCUCAGGUUGUCUACUUUGGUCUCCAUAUAGUUACACCUUUGAUAUCUCUGGACCUGUUGAAAUACCCCAAGCUUUGUUAUGAUUACUUCUCACUGCUAUCACAUAUGUUGGAGGUUUAUCCAGAAACAGUUGCACAACUAGACAGUGAAUCCUUCUGUCGUGUAGUUGCUUCUCUUGAUUUUGGUCUUCAUCAUCAGGACACAGAAAUAAUUGAUAUGUGCUUGAGAUCUUUGAGAGCUCUUGCUUCUUACCACUAUGGGGAAACACGGGCUGGUAAAGCAGGGUUGGGUUCACAUGCUACAGGUGUUACAGAUCCAAGUGGAAAUUUACAGGAAGGCAUUUUUAGCCGCUUCCUUCAUUCAUUAUUGCAGUUACUUCUUUUUGAGGAUUAUAGUCCUGACCUUGUCAGCAGUGCAGCAGAUGCACUGCUUCCAUUGAUGCUUUGUGAACAAGGUGUCUACCAGAGAUUGGCCAACGAGUUGAUAGAAAGGCAGUCAAUUCCAGCACUUAAAUCGAGAUUGGUAAAUGCAUUGCAAUCUCUAACAGGCACGAAUCAGCUCUCAACCACACUCGAUCGUAAGAAUUAUCAAAUUUUUCGGAAAAAUCUGAACAAAUUCCUGAUCGACGUUCGAGGGUUUCUGCGGACAAUGUGAUGUUCCAUGCUCAACAAUCCAUGAUGGGAAAAUAGGAAGAAAAAAGGAUAUAUAUAUAUUUUUUUUGGUUCAUUUUUUAUCUGCUUGUACAAAAAAAUUUUUGCCACCAUUGGUUAUCUGUCCCUUCCGAGUCCUUGAUUGUGAAUAUUCCAAGCCAGUGCAUUCAUUGGCCAAAAGAAGAAGUCUUCUCGUAAAUUUUACCCUCUUCUGGCAAUUUGUAUAAUUUCUCGUUUGUGAAUUUCAUCUGGAAAUGCCAUAUGAGGACCCUGUUCUUUAGCUGUU